AUGCAAUUUGACAUCAGAGGCAGCAGUGAUAAAUGGCAUCCUAAGGUGACCGUUUCUGCAGCAGUGUCCUCCUUUGGUGUCGGGUCGGAUAUCAGUGAACCAAGUCAUAUACGUAAUGGCCGGGAGAGUGAAGACCCUGAAUCAAUCCAAUACAUGGACCAUGAAAACCAAACAAAGAGAACAAGAGAAGAACUAGAAAGUGAUAACGAAGAAAACCCAAUCUCAAAACAACCGAAAAACAAAGAAGCCGGAUGGAAAGCACCGGAAGAACCCCAACCAACAACAAGUAACAACCAAGCAAAUAUGGAGGUAGGAAAUAAUAAUUCCGUAGUACUCAUUCAAUUAAAAGAUGGAUCUGCAACCACUAAUUUCAACAACCCACUUAAAUUAACAAAAGCCAUCAACAAAUCAGAAUUUCAAAAGUACAUAAUUGAAGAUUCCCUCAGAGUUCUAGGGGCUGGAAAAGCCCUAAGAUUUGAAAUCAAGGAUAUAUCUAAAUUAAGACCACUAAAAGAAAUAAAAAAACUAGGAGACUGGGAAAUAUUAUGUAAACAGCCAACUUCAAAUAAAUACACAAACUGCUCCUAUGGAACGAUAUACCCAGUAGAAACAGACUUAAAUAUAGAAAACAUUAAUGAGAAAAUAAGAACAUUAGGACAUGACCCAAAUGAAAUUAUAGAUGUAAUAAGAAUCAAGAGACAAAAUAAUGACAGAGAAAGUGAAGAAAAAUGGAUACCCACAAAAUCACUGAGAAUCACUUUUAGAGGGAAUCUACCAAAAAGAGUAGCUAUAGGCCAUACUAGCUACCAAGUCAGACAAUACACAUUCCCAAUACCAAAAUGUUACAACUGUUUAAGAUAUGGACAUGGGAUAGUAACAUGUAAAAACAAAAAAAGGUGUAAUAACUGCAGUCAAUAUGGGCAUAGUUAUAAAGACUGCCAAAAUAACCCGCACUGCUUCUAUUGUGAUGAAAACCAUCACCAAAUACAAAAGAAUGUAAAGUGCACAAAUUAG